AUGGAUCUCCACCUUAUUCCCAUCGCUCUUUUUCAUUCUUUCUUUCUUUCUUUCUUUCUUUCUUUCUUUCUUUCUUUCUUUCCUCUCUCUCUCUCUCUCUCUCUCUCACUCUCUAUCUCUCGAACGAAUCUAUGCUUAUAUUUCUCCUUCACCUUCCAUUUACUUUCUGUCUCUCCUUUAUUCUGUUUAGUCUCGAUCAAAUUUUAUCUUUCCUCUUUCUUCUUCGCUCUCUGUAUUUUCAAUACCUCUUCUUCCUUUCCUUUCUCUCUCUCUUUACCUAGAUUUCUCGAUCGUUCCUUUCUUUCUUUCUUUCCUUCUUAUUUCUUUCUUUUUCUUUGUAAUGUAUAUAGACUCUAUCGAUUUUCUCCCUUUAUUUUUACUCUCUUAAUAUUCCCUACCUCUCUAAUUCACUAUCUUCCUUCCCUCUUUGUUUCUGAUUCUCUCUCUCUCUCUUUCUCCUUUAUUUUGUUUCUCUCUUGUUCUCUCUUUAACUCUCGUUUUCUUGUCUUUGUCUCUGUUUCUCUCUCACUCACUCUCUUUCUUUCACUCUUUUCCUCUUUGUCACUCCUUAACUUUAUUUCGUUGUCUGUCUCUUUCUUCCUCUCAAAUAUUCUCCCUCUUCUUUAUUUUUUUCAUUUCUUUGAAAAUGACAUCUGCAGCCAUGGCUGCCUUUUCGACAGAUCCGCUAUUUGCAGUCGAUUUGGCGCCAUUCGACAGACGUACAAAAGCAACUGGCUAUGCGAUAAACAGGUUUACCAGUAA